AUGAAUACGCAAACAAGUGUGGUUGGCGUUCAUUACCGAGUGGGACGUAAAAUCGGUGAAGGAUCUUUUGGUGUGAUUUUCGACGGAAUGAACUUGCUGAACAAUCAGCUUGUUGCUAUAAAGUUUGAGCCAAAGAAAUCGGAAGCUCCUCAACUUCGGGAUGAAUAUAGAACCUACAAGCUGCUAGUCGGAAGUGUUGGGAUUCCAAGCGUUUAUUACUUCGGCCAAGAAGGAUUGCAUAAUAUUUUAGUAAUUGAUCUUUUGGGGCCUAGUUUAGAGGAUCUAUUUGAAUGGUGUGGCUGUAAAUUUAGCGUUAAAACCGUCGCUAUGAUUGCCAAACAAAUGCUGGCUCGUGUGCAUACAAUCCACAAAAAGAACCUGGUGUAUAGAGAUAUUAAGCCAGAUAAUUUUCUCAUCGGUCGACCUUGUACUCGGAAUACAAAUCUUGUGUAUGUUGUCGAUUUUGGAAUGGCAAAAUAUUAUCGGGAUCCCAAAACGAAACAACAUAUUCCUUACAGUGAAAGAAAAAGUUUGUCUGGAACGGCUCGUUACAUGAGUAUCAACACACAUCUUGGUCGUGAGCAAUCACGAAGAGAUGACUUGGAAUCCUUAGGACAUGUUUUUAUGUAUUUUCUUCGUGGAAGCCUUCCUUGGCAAGGAUUGAAAGCUGCUAACAAUAAGCAUAAAUACGAAAAGAUCAGCGAAAAGAAGCAAGCCACUUCGUUAAAUGAGCUGUGCACUGGCUUUCCCAGUGAGUUUAAUAAAUAUAUGACCUAUGUUCGCUCUUUGCAAUUUGAUGAAGACCCGGAUUAUGAUUACUUACAGGAACUAUUUGACGAUGCUAUUCGAAGUAAUGGAGAAACGAAUGACGGAGUUUAUGAUUGGAUGUUACUAAAUAAUGGCAAAGGCUGGGAGUCUGCAUCAUCUCAUUUUUCUGUCUUGGCAAUGAAACGAAGGAAAAAUUACUUGGGAUUAAACGUUGUGCAGAAUGAUGAUAACAGGCCGAAGCAAAGUAACGUUCAGUCUCAAAACACACGAUUGAACUCGGCGUAUAAGAAUGGACCCCAAAAAAAUUAUAACUCAUUUGAAUCAUGCUCAAGGAAUCAGCAAAUUAUAUGUACCAGACGGGAGCAGUCUGCUUCUAAAAAUACCAUUUAUCCACAGUCAUCCGCCCGAGGGUACGGUCGGGUCCAGCCAAUGUAUGCUUCUCGAUUGGCGGAUCGUCAGGAAGAUGCUAAUUUUGCUGGUGUCAAUCAAAUUCAGGAACAAAGACCAACAAGUUUUUGGGAUAUUUUUUGCUGCCAUUGCUUUUGA